CUGAAUAACCAGCGCUCUGUGGAUCUUAUCGACGAAAUUGUCUUUCAAAAGUAGCUGCUUCUGUGCAUCGUUCAAAUAUUCAGCAGACGAAAAGCGAUUAGUUAUCGAUUCUGUCACUGCUGGGUUUCUCGCGGUGAGUGCGCUGUCCGCGAUGACUCCAGCUCUGCAGAGCAGCAGUGUCUUCUACAGGCGCGUCCUGAGCCGCUUUCCUCGGGACAUCAGUCUGGCGUUUGCGUACGGGUCCGCGGUGUUCAGGCAGACUGGAGGGCAGAUGGGGAAGAGCAUGCUGGACUUCGUGUUCGCUGUGGAUGACCCGGUCACCUGGCACACCAUGAACCUCCUCGAGAACAGCAGGCAUUACUCUUUCCUCAGGUACCUGGGGCCCAAACACAUCAGCAGCAUACAGACCGACUGUGGAGCUGCAGUUUACUUCAACACCCUCGUCCCUGCUGAAGAGCGGGUGAUCAAGUACGGUGUGAUCAGCACAGAUGCUCUGAUCGAGGACUUGCUCCACUGGAAAACCCUGUAUGUAGCAGGCCGGUUACACAAACCUGUUCGAAUUCUGCUCCAGAGUGAGCAUGGAAAACUGCGGGCCGCUCUCGUAGGGAAUUUGAAAAGUGCCGUGAUUGCUUCUUUUCUCAUGCUGCCGGAAAGUUUCUCCGAAGAAGACCUGUUCCUCCAGAUAGCAGGCUUGUCCUACUCUGGGGAUUUCAGGAUGGUGAUCGGCGAGGAUAAAUCCAAGGUUUCCAACAUCGUGAAAGAGAACAUGCCGCAUUUCCGGAAGUUAUAUAACAGUAUUCUUCAAGAGUGCCCGCAGGUGGUGUACAAGCCUCAGCAGGGCCGGCUGGAGGUGGACAUUCAUCCUGAGCUGGAGUUCUGUGUUCCUGCAGACUGUGCUAUCAUACGUAAUUCUGCUUUCUUCGCAGGAAUUUCAUCAAUCGUGAAAUCCUCCAGCAUAACACAGAGUGCCAAAGGAAUCGCCACCGCUGGUCUCUUCAAAACCGUGGCAUACAGCGCAAGAAAGCUGCAGAAGAUGUGGAGAGGCUGGCGCAGAAGACCAUCCUGACCGACCGCAGUCGUGCCGAGCAUAGUGCUAUUUCCACAGUUAUUUAUUGCUUAAUGACUGAAGCAGUGAUUCGUUCGCGAAUGCACAAUAUUCCUGAGAAAAUGUCAAUAAAGGUUUCUAAGUGUG